CCAGCACAAUGGCCCACCGGCUCCCUGACAAUUCAGCGGCCAUCUUCUCGCCGUCCGUCGCCCGCAUCGCAGCGUCCACCGCCCGGGACUGGUCCUACGUCGACGCCUGGCUCGCCUCAAAGUCGCCCGCGUGGAAGAGCUCGCUGCCGCCUUUCGAGCGCAACCAGGACACGCUCAAGGCGCUGCUGGCCCUCGUGUCCAUCAACGAAGCGGCCGACGAGCAGCGCCGCCUCCUAGCGCGGGUCGAUGCCACGGCUCUCCAGGGGCUCAGCGCCCACGACAAGGCCGAGCCCGCCAACAACAACAGCGGCGGCACCGCGCUCACAAAGGGCCAUCUGCUCGAUGCCAUUGAGCACAGCCUGCCCAAGGACGGGGCGAGCGCCCUCAACGUCCUCACCGCCGUGGCCUCGGAGGCCGCCACCGCGAGCCCGGAUCCCGACCACAUCGGCCGCCUGAUGCUGCGUCUCCAGGGCACCAUUUACGGCGCCGAGCAGACGGCCGCACGGGUCGAUGCCUUUGAGCGCCACCUCCAGAGGGAGACGGAGGCCGCGGAAGAGCUGCUCCAUACGCUGCAGAGCGACUGCUACAAGCCGCCCUCGGACCUGGCCAAGCAGAACCUGGACGUGCAGCGGAGGAUCAAGACCGUCUCUGCCCAACUGCCCGACCUCCACGACCGGGUCACGGCUCUUGGUGCGUCCGUCACCACGCCGCACAUCGCAAUUGGCGACGUCAUUGAGCUGGAGCAGCGGUAUCAAGCCUUGAUCUUUCAUGUGAGGGAGCUCAGCGAGCAGAUUGCCGCUCUUUCGCAGCAAGACGCGCGGUAG